UUAGUCACGGAUAAGCAUGAAUGAUUGAUUGGGGUUGGCAACUAGGGUUCCAAAUCCAUUACCAUAUAUAUUACCCACUGUGACUGAAACUCUGAAACAGAAAAAAAAGGUAGAGUUCUGAAUGUCGAAUUCUCAACAAAAUGAGAUUGAUUUAACCUGCGACGGGGAAGAGAGGUCAAACUCUCUCUUAGCGAACACGCGCUGCAGCUUCUGCUUUCCCUGCUGCUUUGGUUCCCGGUGCCACUCGGUCAGCGUCGGGUUCGCGUGGUGGGAGCGCGUGCGAGCCACGUCGUCAUGGUCGGAGACAAGCCCUCACUCUGAGGCGCAACCAGCAACCGGGAGUUCCAGUGGGAGUUGGUGGUCUGGCGGCGUGAGGGCCUUUAUGAAGGUGCGGGAGUGGUCGGAGCUCGCGGCGGGGCCUCGGUGGAAGACCUUCAUCCGGCGGUUCAGCCGGAGCCGGAGUGGCUGGGCCCGGCACGCGGCGGGGAAGUACCAGUACGACCCCUUGAGUUACUCCUUGAACUUCGACGAGGGGCAUAACGGGUAUUUCGAUGGUGACGGUUACGACGGGUUACGGAAUUUCUCCGCGCGUUACGCCGCGCCUCCUCCGUUUAAGCCCGUUUCCUCGGAUUCCAUUCAAGACGCCGCCGUUUUGGGAUAAGAAAUAGGGAUUGCCAUGUGGUGUCGAUUUUGGGAAUUUUGCUUCGACUAGCUUACAAGUGCGGUUAUUGUGUAUUAAUUUUAUUCUAUCAUAUCAAUAUCAAUCAAUAGUUACAGGAUUUUAAUUUUUCUUAUUGUAUAUUCCUUACCUUGGCAGUAUUUCUUUAUUUAUUUAAUUAAUAUAUUGUUUAGAUGUUGGUAAUAAUCAGAAGUGCGUUGUGCGCAUGGAUUACCAAUGGAUGAAUCCUGAUAAUUUCUUAUACUAUUUACUAAUUAGGUUUGUCAAAUAAUGUACAACCAUAAGUGGAUGCAAAGUUUUCAUUUUAAAUGAUGUUCA